AUGGAUAGUUCAGGCCCAAAAGCCAUUCUCACCCCCGACAACUUUCGACAUGUGCAUGAGAUUUCAAGGGCAACCUCGCCAGGGGGUGAGCCUGCAGGAAUGAAUGGUGAUAGUGAUCCCAAAGCACGGGUUCGACCUCGAACAUAUCCAUACUUUAAAUACCUUCCAUAUUCAUGCGAAGGUGAACCUGAGAGGGAGCAAAAUCUCCGGGAGAUAUUGAGCCAGCUCUACGUCGCAGUCGAAGCUGGUGAUUUUAGCACAGGUGCUGUACACUGGACGCGGGAACUUAGAGGAUGGCUGUCGCUUAAGUUUGAUCCAUCUCGCAAAGAUCGCAUUAAUCUUGUGAAGCUGUAUUAUGAGCUUUCUCUUGCCCCGGGAAUUGACCCUGGUGUCUCGGAGCGAUUCGCCAGCAUGUUCAUGCUUCUCACCAAGCGCAAGCAUUACCUCCGACCUGUUAAAGAUCUAGUUUUGGAUUGGAAACCCCUAUACAGAGAGUUGAAAGCUUUUGUCCUGCCUACGGAAUCUGGCCUCGUACAUUCAACGAAUUUGAGGCGGAAUGUCAAGACCCUAACCAAGCUCUGCGCAUUCAUUCAAUUAUAUAUUGACCCUUGCGAGGUGCCAGCUAUGCUAGAGGAAUUUCUCCCCCAUUUCACCGCAUCAUUCUCCGAAGGCGCAUUUGUUGUUGUUGGCUUGAUCAAUCAGCUACUCCCUACAUCCCCCCCACCGGAAUCUAGAGAGGAUUUACUGCCACAAAAUUUCCUACCAACUUACUUCCACCUUUGGUCAUUGGUUAGCCGAUCCAAAACUUUUGACAUAACGUUCCUUGACUUCCUAUCUCGCCUGUCCCGGGACUCGUUGCCCGCUGGCCAUAUUCCCUUCUCUGAAUAUGGCAUUUUCACUAAGGAACAGUCGUCGCUUAUUUUCACGGCCAUCCUACGGCUCCUAGAGAUUCCUGUGGGGCAGUCAACUUCACCAUACAGUGCUCUUGUGGAUAUUUCAUCAGGACUUGGUAUCAUGCUUGACCGGGACGCGCGAAAGCAUCCUGUUGCCCAUCACAUCGCCCGAUGGAUCAUUAUGUCACUUUCGCCGGCAUGCCUUGAUUCGGAGGAGUCAAUUCUCACCCAACUUGAAGGGCUAAUUCAGGCCGUGGAGACAUUCUUUCAUCCUUCCAAUUCUGGGACCUGGACGAAAACCUUGGCGCAGUUGGUUUACUAUCUAGCUGACUUUUUCAUAAUGCGUUGGAAUCGCGAGCAAAGUGGCGAGAUGGAAGUUCCAGUAGAACGGAGGCUAACAGAGCCACUCAAACGUCGUUUUGUCCUGUGUCUGCGCGAGGUGAUAUUCAUGGGAAUAUAUUCCAAGAGCGGCUCGGCGAUGAGUUUCUCUUUAUCCACACUGCAAAGUUUGGCCUUCCUGGAACCACACCUCAUCCUUCCUGGUGCUUUGCAGAGGAUAUACCCUUCUCUUCAGGGUCUCGUAGAGGUUCAUCGUACGACAUCUUCGCUCCGUGCCCUUCAGGUUCUUGCACGAAUAAUCUCAAGGACGAAAGGGUAUCGCUGCCACAUGACAACUCUAUUGGGACUCGCAUUGCCAGGCGUUGAUGCCAAUGACCUUGAGAAAUCUCUUCAUGCUUUGUCAUUCAUACAGUCAGCAUGUUAUAACAUUCCUUUAGCUGACUUGACAAAGGGAAGGGAAGAUGUUAAUUCUAAUAUGCUUGCUGUUCAGUGGAUAACUGGAGAGAUGGAACGCAUGGAAGAAGAAGGCGUCGAGGUCAAGUUGAAUUAUGAUACGGACUUGGAUGAUGAGACCGAAGAAAUGAUUCUUCGCUCUUCAACAUGCGGAUUCGCCGACUUUAUUGUCUCUUUCUUGGGUCGAGUCUUUACACUCCUGGAGAAUCUGCCAGAUUCGACUAGAGUACGGAAUGGAGCCCCUGAAGAGAAUAUUGUGAACACGCUUCCUGCAACGUUUAUGCCGCUGCUAUCGUCCCUCUCUCCAGAGUAUUACGACAUUGCCCUAACCAAGAUUGUUGAUUUUGUAUCCAAUCAUGUGAUCCACCAAGCCCGUGAUGCAAUGGCCUUCAUUUGUAACUCCAUGUGCAAGGCCAAUCCCGAAAAUGCGUUGAAGCGUUUUAUCCCGGUGCUGACACAGGCUAUUCGUUCUGAAAUCGACGACAACGGGGCGGGCUCAACUAGAACCACAGGAACUGACGUCCUUCCUCGUGAUCGUGGCUUGGUGUGGAACAUUAGCAUGCUCAGCAUGUGUGUCGUCCAUGUUGGAGACUCCGUACUGGCUCACAAGAAAGAACUAUUCGAUAUCGCUGUGUAUAUGCAACAGAAAUGUAGGGGCAUACCAACAGUUCACAUCUCGAAUUUUGUCCAUCAUCUACUCCUAAAUCUCACAGGAACCUACACGGCCGAUUACUCGUUGUAUGAGCCCGAAAUCGUUGCUAAUGGUGUACACCCUGGGCUCUGGGGCUAUAAACCUGACCCAAAUAAUUUGACUGUAAAGUGGCAUGUUCCAACACGCGGGGAACUCGAAUUUGCCGUUGAGCUCUUCCAGAAUCAAGCCCAGACCGCGCUUACACGGCUGACUGCCUUGAUUGACGACACGUCCAGUGUGAAGCGAGAUGGGAGCGGCAAGGACUGGUCGGAUGAAGUUAUUAGGAAUCUAGUUCUACUUCGGCUUAUCCUCUCUGGUAUCUCCGUGCUUUUCGAUCCGAAAGCUGCUUCAAAGACCAAGGAAAACGGAGUAAACGGAACGUCAAGUGAUGUCGAUAUGGUAGAUGCUCAGGAUAAUUCCGACGAGAGCGAAGAUUCGUCGCUCGACAGUUCUGAUGAAUCCACCACCAGAGAGACAUUUACCUACCCCACUGGUUAUCCAUUACAGGAGGAUGAACCCAUGUACAACACGAUUCAUGAGAUUCGUGAGAGGGCAGGCUGGAUCCUUCACGGAGUGCAUAGAUUCUUGUCAGACAAGCAGGAAGACGAUGUACCAUGCUUUAGUGCCCUAUACUCAGCCUAUCGAUCGUGGUUUGUCGAUGUCGGUAUCGAAAGAUCCGCUCGUGUUCUAGACAGGGUAACACGUCUACUCGCCGCCGACAUUCACCCCUACAAAAUGAGUGGUACCCGCAAGGAUUAUCCGCGUCCUUUGCUGAUUCGAAGAGCCAAUGUAUACCACCUGCAACGCCUAAAACAUAACGCAGCACCGCGACCUAGGUCUCGGCUGGAUGAGAUCUUGCUCCUAGAUAUCGCUGAAUCAUGCAUUUCCCUCUACACAGAGACACGCCGCAAUGCUCAAAGUGCAGGGGAAUCAGCCCUCAAAUCUAUCUGGGGCUCUCGACUACUUGUCAUCCCACCUUUGCUUAGAGCCUUGCAAAAAGGUGUCAAAGAGAGUGACUACGCACGGAUCAAGGGUUCUUUGUAUUCUUUGCUCCUGAGCAGUGUCGCAAAAACCGUCGGACGUCACUGGAAAUAUGCGCCUGGUUUGAUCAGGGCUUUCAUCGAUGCGAGUGCGGUUGACAAACCAUCUGUGCAAAAGAUUUGUUCGGGUGCACUGUUCCAAAUUAUGGACUACGGCCGGCCUAUGGAAAGGGUAGCUAUCCUUAACCAAGACAUUAUUGAAGCAAUUGCUCCAACGGAAGAUGUCCAAGAUCAAAUCACACAAAAGCGCAAGGCACUCGGAAACAAGCGAGCCCUUAUUGAGCAACGAAAAGCCGACUUGGCUGAAGAGCUUGUCAAUUUAGCCAGAGUAUCGCACUGGAAGGUUGCUAGCCGAGCCGCGACUAUUGUUGUUACCAUGGGCCUUAGAUUUGACUACGUUGCGAGCGAAAACCUCAUAGAUCUUGUGACGCAGGGGUCUAUUGACGACCAUCCCGGUCUACGCGGCAUGUACUCGCAGGCGCUAAUCGCUCUGUUCACUUUGGUUGAUGUGCGGGCAAUCUGCAGCCAUGAUUAUAAAAACUAUGUCUUAGGCCAGCAGCAUUUCCCUUCGAAGAUCAAUGUGGCCACAAAGCGAUAUGAAAAGGGUUGGACCCAGGAGUACCUAUCUAGUUUUGCUAUGCCAGAAGCAGAAUACUAUGUUGAUCAUGAUUUCCCUGGGUGGCUUGUCUGGGGGGAUAGCAUACCUGCUUACAAGUCGAACGUUGCACGCGAUAUUGAAUACGAUGAGGUGGAAUGGAAAGUACGGACACAUAUGGGCAAACAAUUCGACCGAGCGUGGUUUGCUAAAUUUUUCAUGUAUUUGAAACAAGAGCCACGAGACCCGACUGCUGAUAAGUUCCGAAUGCCCUGCGCGAUGAUGCUUCUAUACGCAUUUGAACUGAUGCUCCGAGACGGGCUUACGGCUGCCACGUUCAAGGAUAUUCAGGAAGAAAUCGCGGCUGUAUUUGAGGACGGUAGCGAUAAACAUCAGCAUAGGGCAACUGCGGAGAUCCUCGGCGCCUUGGUGAGCUCUGUCACAGACACGAGCGUGGAGAAGCGGACCUUGGUGUGGGAAUACGCUUUCCCAAUUGUACGGAAUGUUUUCACUGAUGGGUUAACGCCUGAAAAUUCCGGCUAUUGGACAACGUUUCUUCAUAUGAUCCUGCAAUGCCGCGAUCCGCGCCGGGCCUGGCCUUUGGUUGACUGGCUUGCAAGCUUCCGGCUGGAUAUGACCACGAAUGCUGCUUUCAAGGAGAGCUCCAAAAUCAAUCUAUUACACCAAGCCAUUAUAGAUUCGGGAUGGCAUUUCCAACUUGAGAAGCCAAUUAUUGAGAAUUUCCUCGCGCACCUUGACCAUCCGUACAAAGGAGUUCGUGAAGCCAUGGGCCAGACCAUUGCAACGAUCUGUCGCACAAGAUAUCAUGAGUCAUAUGCGGAUGUUCGCAGUCUUCUUGAAGCACAGAAAGUAUCCUCUUCGGUUGGUACAUCUCCGUAUCGUCCCACCGAGGCAUUCACAGCGAUGAUGCAUGAUGUUUUCGACCGGAUCGAGAAAUGGCGGCAUGAGAGGACUCCAGGUCAGCAAACGCCGUCGAAAUACACUUCGGGAAGCAAGACAGUUCUGCUGUGGCUUGAUACUACGCUUUCAUCCUACGAAUGCACACAGCUCGUGCCCUUUUUCCCAAGCGUAUUCACAGGGCAACUGUUACAUAUGAUGGAUGUAAAAGAGGACCCAGAGCUUCAAUCAUUAGCCUACCACGUUUUCCGUCAUCUACCUAACAUCCCGUACCCUGCCGAACAAAGUUCCGAGUUUAUCAAGUCCCUCAUACUCAUAGGGCAGACUUCACCCUCAUGGCACCAGCGUUUGCGGGUUAUGAUCAAUAUUCAGAUUAUCUACUUCCGCCGCCUGUUUCUACUCUCCGUGGCUGAUCGCCACAAGUUGUUUGAGUGUGUCGCGAACAUGCUAGAAGACCCUCAGCACGAAGUGAGGGUUGGGGCAUCGGCUACCCUGUCUGGAAUGAUCCGUUGCUCGCCGGUCUUUCUACGGGAUGAAAUGGUCAAACGAUUCAAGGAGCGUUUCACAAAAAUAUUGGUUGGCAACCCCCUUCCUAAGAAGCCAAAAGUUCUUCGUUCCGGCUUGUCCUCGCCAGCCUCCUCCGGCCCUGGCACCCCAACCCCUGAACAUACACGGCUCGUUAUCACCAGGCAUGGCGCAGUUUUGGGCCUCGGUGCGCUGAUUCAAGCUUUCCCAUACAACAGCCCACCUCCAAGAUGGAUGCCUGAGGCUCUUGCUACACUGAGUGUUCGUGCCGCAAGUGAUCCGGGCAUUGUGGGAUCGAGUGUCAAAUCAAUCAUUAGUGAAUUUAAGAAGACAAGGCAGGACACCUGGCAUAUUGAUGCGAAGGCAUUUACACCAGAUCAACUGGAGGAUCUCUCUGGUGUUCUUUGGAAGAGCUACUUUGCCUAG